GUUUACAUGUGGAAAAUGGUUUUUGCUUCAUAUUUUCUUUUUCUGCUUGUCAUAGGAACUUUCAAACUAACAAUAGAAUUUACAGAAGAAUAUCCAAACAAACCUCCUACAGUCCGGUUUGUCUCCAAAAUGUUUCACCCUAAUGUUUAUGCAGAUGGUAGUAUAUGUUUGGAUAUUCUUCAGAAUCGCUGGAGUCCAACAUAUGAUGUUUCCUCAAUUUUAACCUCAAUACAGUCUUUACUGGAUGAGCCGAACCCAAACAGCCCUGCCAACAGCCAGGCAGCUCAGCUGUAUCAGGAAAACAAGAGAGAGUAUGAGAAGCGUGUGUCGGCCAUUGUGGAACAGAGCUGGCGUGACUGUUGACCCUCCUUACAGUUCACAUAUGAACAAUAGUCCGCCUCACCAACAAGAGGAAAACCACCUGGCAAAGAAUAAAAUAAAACACAUCAUGUUUUGAAUCAUUCUCCAUGUACUCUGUGGAAUUGUCUGUUCUGUAGCUGUUGCAGGAUUAGAGUGAUGUUGUGUUGUGGUCUCCCUCUUCAUGCAGAACCUUAUCCUAGAUGAGGACGAACCUUAGUUUAACAAAAUAUUGUUGCUAGGGUUACUUGCUUUUAUUUGGCCUGUCCUCACUUUUGUCAUCUUAUUUCUUUGGUUUUAUAAGUUGCUCCUACACUGUGGGCUGAUUUCAUUUUGGGUAUUAACAUGUUGGUUGAGAGUGAUUUCUUUGCGU